GUCCAUAAAAGGAGAAGCCUGUGUUACUCUAAGCAGUUCUCUGGGAUUCCAGCAAGGAUACAGCCAUUCCUCCUCAUACAAGGUCAGCAUAUCAGAGGGACAUGGAGAUACAAAUCUUUUGCCUUUUGCUCUGUUAUGGAUCCAUGGCACAAGAAGACAUGGAUAGAAGUGUCUUCCUCUUCCCCAUGCAGUCUGCUGCUGAUUAUGUGGUUCUGACACCAAUGGUGACUGAGCCUUUACGCAAACUCACUGUGUGUUUGAGGAGCUACACAGAAGGCAGAAGAUAUGCCUUUUUUACCACGGACACACCAAACUCACAGAUCCACAAUUUUGUUUUCUUCCAGAUGCCAACAAGUAAUUGCAUAUCAAAUUGUCCUUCUUAUAUCUAUUUGAACAAUGCACACGCAUCCUUUAAUGUAAAGACAGACACUCUGGAGUGGAUACACAGGUGUGUGACCUGGGACUCUGAUACUGGAGUUCUACAGCUUUGGGUUAAUGGAAAAGUCUCCCCUCGAACAGUACUAAAAAAAGGCUUUUCAAUUGAUCUUCCGAACGGUAUAACCCUGGGUCAGAUGCGGAGGGCUAGUUAUGAGACUGGAUGGGAUUAUCAAACUUCAUUUCAUGGGGAAAUAAGUGACGUCCAUAUGUGGAAUGAGGUUUUGUCUCCUGAGACCAUAAGGCAGGUUCUGCUAAAUAAUAGGGAUAUCAAUGGGAAUGUCAUUAGCUGGAGGUCUCUGAAAUACACAAUUAAAGGAGAUGUCACUGUCCAACCCAAACUCCAGUGUAGAUAUGACAGUGAGUCUGCCAGCUCACACUAUCAGUGCUCUAUGGAUUAAUGGAAUUGAUAAAACAGGUAGAACAAUGGCUUUCCAACUAAUGAUUCUUCAAUGGGAACUCAGUCUUUCUCAUACACCUGGUCCAUCUGGUGUGUGUCAGUGGGGACUGCAUAAAUCAGGCUGGUAGCACUAUAACCUUUUUUAAAAAAAGACUCCCAGCAUCCCACCAGAUACUGCAAGGCUGUCCUUUGAUCAUACUUGAUGUUCUUAAAGGGAUCCUCUACCCAAAAACAGUUUUUGCACAACAGAUGAAAAUAUAAUUUUAAGCAACUUUGCA